GGUUAGGGUUAGGGUUAGGGUGAAACUAUUGCCAGAGUUAGGUCAAAAUUUUAGAAUCUUCUUUUUGGCAGCGUCUCUCGUGAUAAGGGACGAGGGGGGGGUGCCGCGUUCCAUAAAGGGAAGGUCUGCUUGUAGUUUGCUGCAUUCGCAGCCCGGGUGGGGGGGGGGUGGGUCCAGUCCAUUUGGUUUUAAUGUUUAAACUUGUUAUGCAUAAAAUUCUAUCUGGUUUCAUCAUGAAACCAGUUGUCUUGUAACCAGUUUCCUCUGUCAUAUUAGAAACAUUUAGCCAGAAUUGCGCUUUAAUGUAACUAGUUUGACUAGGGCUAGCUCCCGUUGAAACCAGAUUGUUUAAACAGAUAAUUUUUUUAUCUGGUUACAUCAUGUAACCAGUUGUCUUCCAGCCUUUUUUGUCGAUGUAACCAGAUGCAUGCAACCAGAAUUGAGUUUUAUGAAAGAGUGUCAAUAAUAUAAAACGAGUUUCAAUAAGGCUAGCUCUCGUUCAAACCAGAUUGUUUAAAUAGAUAUUUUUUUUAUCUGGUUACAUCAUGUAACCAGUUGUCUUCCAGCCUUUUUUGUCGAUGUAACCAAAUGCAUGCAAUCAGAAUUGAGUUUUAUGAAAGAGUGUCAAUAAUAUAAAACGAGUUUCAAUAAGGCUAGCUCUCGUUCAAACCAGAUUGUUUAAAUAGAUAAUUUUUUUAUCUGGUUACAUCAUGUAACCAGCUGUCUUCCAGUCUAUUUUGUCGAUGUAACCAGAUGCAUGCAACCAGAUGCAUGCAACCAGAAUUGAGUUUUAUGAAAGAGUGUCAAUAAUAUAAAACAAGUUUCAAUAAGGCUAGCUCUCGUUCAAACCAGAUUGUUUAAAUAGAUAAUUUUUUUAUCUGGUUACAUCAUGUAACCAGUUGUCUUCCAGUCUAUUUUGUCGAUGUAACCAGAUGCAUGCAACCAGAUGCAUGCAACCAGAAUUGAGUUUCAUGAAAGAGUGUCAAUAAUAUAAAACGAGUUUCAAUAAGGCUAGCUCUCGUUCAAACCAGAUUUUUUAAAUAGAUAAUUUUUUUAUCUGGUUACAUCAUGUAACCAGUUGUCUUCCAGUCUAUUUUGUCGAUGUAACCAGAUGCAUGCAACCAGAUGCAUGCAACCAGAUGCAUGCAACCAGAAUUGAGUUUUAUGAAAGUGUGUCAAUAAUAUAAAACGAGUUUCAAUAAGGCUAGCUCUCGUUCAAACCAGAUCGUUUAAACAGAUAAUUUUUUUAUCUGGUUACAUCAUGUAACCAGUUGUCUUCCAGUCUAUUUUGUCGAUGUAACCAGAUGCAUGCAACCAGAAUUGAGUUUUAUGAAAGAGUGUCAAUAAUAUAAAACGAGUUUCAAUAAGGCUAGCUCUCGUUCAAACCAGAUUUUUUAAAUAGAUAAUUUUUUUAUCUGGUUACAUCAUGUAACCAGUUGUCUUCCAGUCUAUUUUGUCGAUGUAACCAGAUGCAUGCAACCAGAUGCAUGCAACCAGAAUUGAGUUUUAUGAAAGAGUGUCAAUAAUAUAAAACGAGUUUCAAUAAGGCUAGCUCUCGUUCAAACCAGAUCGUUUAAACAGAUAAUUUUUUUAUCUAGUUACAUCAUGUAACCAGUUGUCUUCCAGUCUAUUUUGUCGAUGUAACCAGAUGCAUGCAACCAGAAUUGAGUUUUAUGAAAGAGUGUCAAUAAUAUAAAACGAGUUUCAAUAAGGCUAGCUCUCGUUCAAACCAGAUCGUUUAAAUAGAUAAUUUUUUUAUCUGGUUACAUCAUGUAACCAGUUGUCUUCCAGUCUGUUUUGUCGAUGUAACCAGAUGCAUGCAACCAGAAUUGAGUUUUGUGAAAGAGUGUCAAUAAUUACCCUGGGUACCAGACUCACUAUAUAAAAUAAUAGAGAGUCUGGUUUAGUGCGCCCCAUUCUCGUUCGGGCGAACUUACUUGAAAGAACUGAAGUCUAUUUAACAGACUAGGCCUGUGAAACAAGACUGUCGGAUAAAUAACAAAGAUACUCAGUAGUCGGAGGAGUUUUGGGAAAUCUUAAAGCCAAUGUAUUUUAUAUAGUUCUGUAAAGUUGACAUUAUUAAUACAGUGAUAACAGACUUUUCUGCCUCAAGAUUCCAAUCAAAUCAGGUGUAAAACGCCUUGGCAGCAAAAAGCAUAUGCGAAGCAUGAAAUUAAAGUUAGCACAAUGCAGUUACUAAAUGUUAAUCAUUGUUAAAUUUAGCAUACAACUUAAAAUAAGACUUUUGUAAUUUUCCACAUAAAUUAAGUGUACUUUCAGUCUACUUCCUCACUGUGAAGGCAGCGCGCUUGGACACCGCGGCGGUUAGAAUCAUCACGUUGGAAGUUCGCCACAGCAAAUAUGGCCAAUAUGACAAGCGAAGCCCCGUAUGCCGGGGAAAAUAUUAGCCAUAACUGAUUUACUUGUGUUUGUUGUUGUUUGUUCUCGGCGCCUUGCGGUGUUUCUUAUUUACUGCAUUUCACUACAAGGCCUAAUUUCUUUGCAAUGAGAGGCACUGCCUGAAAUAUCAGAGACUUUCCAAAGUCAGUUGGCAAUAUGGCGAAGGUGUCUCUUCUCUCUACAAACAAGGCUUUCAAUGUUGUUCUGUGUUAAGUCCCACAACAUGCGGAAAAUAUUCUUUGAGUACAGUUUUAACAGCAUCUUCAAACUAAAUCGUUACAGUCGCUAGCAUUUAUUUAUGUUGUGUUCUGUUCAAUGUUUUACACCAGAGCUAAGUUUAUUGUUUCGCUGUGACCUUUGAACGUACAGAAAUCUGUACACUCGCUCCUGAUUGGUUAAUAUAAGCACACCAGAACGAGAAUGGGGCGCACUAGACCAGACUCUCUAUUUUAUUUCAUAUAUAGUGAGUCUGGUACCCAGGGUAGUCAAUAAUAUGAAACGAGUUCAAUAAGGCUAGCUCUCGUUCAAACCAGAUCGUUUAAAUAGAUAAUUUUUUUAUCUGGUUACAUCAUGUAACCAGUUGUCUUCCAGCUUGUUUUGUCAAUGUAACCAGAUGCAUGCGACCAGUACUGAAAGCGGGUAAUCUAAAUGUUUGACCAAUUGAUUUUUUAAGACUUUUUCAUAUAACUUUGAAAAUGUAUUGAGAACACUUACUGGGCGGAAAUUUCUUUCUAAUGUACGAAUUGAUUCCCCUUUAUCUAGUGGGCAAACUGCCGCUUUUUGCAUCGUUUGAGAAAACGAAAAUUUCGAAUGCUACAGUUUAUUGGACAUUAAAAAUGAAAGUGAAAAUAGGCCUGUAAAGGGAGGGGGUUGCUUUCUCCAUGUAUACUUUUGGUUAUAGUUCUUUUGUGACAUAAGCAAUUGAUAAUCUGCAUUUACAUAUGAACAGCUACAUUAAAACAUAUGAAAGAUGAGGAAUUACUUACCAACACGACGACACACCUCUUGCAAUUUAUUUUCGGUCUCCAGAGAUAUCCCGAGAAUUUCAGACAUCAGCUCCCCGGCCACCGGAAUCCGCUGGAUUUCGACCAAAUUGGCCAAAAUCCUUUGAAAAACUAGGACCGUUUCUGCAAUAUCUUCCAUUUUCAAUAUAUUUGGAUACCAAGCAAUAUCGACGAAUCGACGGGUCGAAGAGAAGCUGCUCGAAGUCAACUCCACGUGCGACUAACAGUUCGUUCGAUGGUUGACAGUUAUGACGUGAUUCGAAUAAGAACAAAUGAAAACAUCAAAACACGAAACAAUACUUUGAGGAAGUAGCUCUUACCGUGAAUUCUUAAUGGCUUGAGAUCCUCACCUGUGAAAAAGAUACCUUCUCCGAAUAACCCUUCCCUCAAAAUGAACCCCCUCUUGCCAGAUAGGUACCCACCUCCUUAGCCGUAUUGUUCUCAGGACAAAGAAAAAUUUGCGCGCUAAAAAUUAUUUUUUAAACGCUGAAUUUAAAACAGAGAAGGGGUGAUAGUGUAGAGAACAGUAUUUGUAGCAAAACAUCAUAAUUUCCUUUUAUUGAAUCAGCAUAUUUUUCCUGCAGGAUCAAACAAUUGUCACUCGUCGAAGAACGACAUGGAUUCAAAUUUUCAUGGCAAGUUGUUUCCUUAUCGUUGAUUAUUUACAAUAGAAAGGAUGUUUUCUCACAGAUUGAUGGUCGAAACAUAUACUUUUGCAACAAGAUUUUUUCAACACGAUUGCAUUUUGUAAUCAGUUUUCUUGUAAUCAGUUUUCUUGCAACCAGUUUCCUUUUUAUACAUGUAACCAGAAUAUUUUUAUUUAGAACCUACCAAAAUUCUGGACAGAGAUCUGUUUGAAAUUGAUGGAAAUCAAUACGUGGCACUGGCGGACGUUAAAACAGAUUUCCAGCACAUGACUGGAUCAGCCUUCAAAACCAUGCUCCACCGAAUGGGUAUAAGGGCUAGAUUAGCCCAAGGGACGAUAUGUGCAAAGCUGCAGUCACGUUUUGGAAAACAGAAAGGGGACACUGGCUGAUAGAUAUGGGAGAUUUUCAAAAACUUAACAGCAAACACAAACAGCAAAUCUUCAAACAGCUCCAAAGCACCACAACGAUUGAAGCAAACGAUAAAAUUUCAACGAAUGAAAUGUGCGGGGAGGCCACAAACUCCAUGACUGAUGUGGAAGAUGUUAGAAUGGAAGACUACAGCGUUAAUUACCGAGAUCCACACAAUAGUACACAUGAAGCUGUUAAUAAUGAGUUUCCGAAAAUUGCUGAAUUCUACAGCAAGGUAAUCAAUCCAGAACGGCCCACUGGAAAAAUUGCAGAGGCAACAGUGAAAAAGAUCAUUGGUAAAGCAAAAGAAUUCUUUAUUUUUGUUGCAGAGACAGAAACACGGAGUCCAAACAUUGAAGAUUGCCUCAACACGAAAAAAGUGGAUGCUUUCGUGCAAACGCGAUUGGCCAAACCCUUAAGCUACGGCACGGUGGCAGGCUAUGUACAAUCGAUUUUAUAUAUUGCCAAAUAUGUGAAGAGAAAUAGCGGAAACCUUAUGGAAAUAAAAGAGAUUGUGCAGCUGAAAAGAAUACAGUCUCAGCUGCAGAGAGAGUACGAAAAGGAGAGAAGGAGAAAAAAUACAAAUACCGACAGAAAAAAAAACUAUUACUGGGGACAAGCAAUGGAACUAUUAAAGAAAAUGAAAUAUGAAUUGGAAACAUUUUGUGGCACGAGAAUAGAUAAGGCAAGAUUGUAUCAUGAUUUCUUAAUUCUUUUAAUGUUUGCCACUGUUAAUCCGGCAAGAAACACUGACAUGAUAAGACUUAAAAUAGUGCAAGAGAAGGAUGAAGAGCGAGAUAGAAAUAACAACUAUCUUAUAUUCAAGGAAGAUGGCACAGUGGAAUUGGAAAUAAACAUUUUUAAAACCUCUUCGACUUAUGGGUGCAAUCGGAUCUCGGUUUCGAGCGUCGAUUAUUUAGAGCGCUAUUUGCGAACAUUUAUAGAUAAGAAAGGAGGAUACUCCUUAAAGAUAAGAAACACGACUUUCUUUUCAUGCGUAAAAGUGGAGAGCCAUUUGAAAGUUCCGAAUCAUUUACAGUUUAUCUCUCCAAGUCAUUCUCACAACAUUCGGAUGAUCAAUUGCAUGUAACUACAGGAACCCUUCGUAAAAGUUUAGUUAACUGGGUUCUGUCUGAGGAAAAGGACAAAAACAUAGAAGCAGCUAUCGCAAGACUUAUGUCACACAGUCAGAGAACUCAGAGACUAAGAUACUAUACCAUGGAAACCGAAAACAAAAUUAAAAAGGGUGUAAGACACUUGGCAGAUAAUACAGCUAACUGUUAGGGAUUCGUCGAAAAUUGUCCUGUUGGAACUACCCCAUUAGAGAUCAAAUUGUUGCUCUAAUUACAAAUGAUUCGACUUUGGCUGUUCCAAACAUUUUAGUAGGUAAGGUAAUCGAUGUGAACUACGACGAGAAAACUGUAUUAAUGGCCGAGAUGGAAGAGACUGACGAAAG